UCUCUUACCGUUACCAUGGCUCGGAAAAUGUUGCCAAUGCAGUUAUUUGAAGCGAUCUUAUUGGAGGGCGCUUGGCAGGAAGCUAUAGAUCUCCACUCCCUGAGGACUGGAGAACUCGACAACACGGAGCCAUUUUGACGAACAUAAAAACAGUGGCAUCACCUCAAAUUUGUCUGGUGAGACAUCGCGAGACUGUAUGCAAUCUGUGACCUUUGCACUCUCUGGCCUGCCUGUGCGGUUCUUGGAGUCUGUUCGUCAGGGUUACUGGUCCUUACCUUUGAAGUCUCGAGGAGGUGAUGGAGCCGAGUCUGUGCCCAUCCCCGCACAUACAAAAACCAAAAAAAAACCCACAAAAAAUAGAGAAAAAAAUCUGCUUGCAUUUACCUCCCCUUCCACCACUCCCUGUGUGCUGAGUUCACAUUGUAAUAAAUUUACAGGUGAAGGAACAGUUAGCUACACUGAGAUCAGAAAUGAUGGGAAUAAAACUGAGUUGCUUUAAGCAUUUGGUCAGUAAUUACCUACACUCGUCGCUUUUAGUCGUGGAAAUUUUCUCUCGCAAGUUGGCGAGAUGCCACGUUGCCUGCCCCCGACUCCCAGCAUGCAUCUGGAGAACUGAAUUCUCUGACCGUGGUGUCGGCAGCAGGCAGGUCCCAAGCACUGAUGACAAUGGCUCCCCUGUGGACCCUCGUGCUCAUGAUUUUGCCCUUUCUGGCCUCUUCCUUCCCACAAGGCCAAGACAUUGGCGUCUGUUGCAACACCAAGAAAAGGAAUUUUUCCAGAGAAAAAAGUGGAUUUUUCGAUACCGGAAAAGAUUCUCAGGUACAAGAGGCCGGGGACGAAGAGGAAGAUCAAAAGUGGAAUUAUCAGCCGGUAAAAUCACACCUGCCUCUGUUCCCUGUCCUGCAAGGCUACGUGUGCUGUAAUCAACCUGCAACGAGGCCUCCUGGACGUCGGAAUGGUUGGAAAAGAAAUCAAGGCUAUGCCCUCACAAAAAGAGAUGAUGACUACUCGGAUCUGCACAAAAUGAUUGCAAAAAUCAUCCGUCGCCUGGCGGAGUCUGCAGACAGACAAGACAGCCAGCUACCAGAGUCUGCAGACAGACCAGACAUCAGUCACGUGGCGGAGUCGCUAGACAGAUUAGAUGACUCUGUCGUUGUUCCAUCUUUGCCCACAACCAGCGACGACGACAACCACAUUCGCAGCAUUUUGGGUGACUGGGAACUCGAGGACAAUGACCUGGCCUCCAGUGGCUUCAAAAAACGGUUUUCAGGGGAGGUUAACAAACUUCAGGACAUUGGCCGCGACUCUCAGCUCGACACGACCAUCAGCAAGUCAGUCAGGGACGUCGCGUUAGCUGGUGUAUGAACGUACAGAAAAUCCACGCAGCUUGUUUAAAGAUAAUAAUUUAAAAAUUAAUUUAACUGAAUCGCCAUGACAGCUAGUUGAUGUGUACAUGAUGCCAAUGGAAUACCGGAACAACAGAAUUCAGAGAACGCCAGACUUUGUCCAAGUGUGCAGUCUCUAGGAUGUGUAUAGCUGCUUAGAAAGAAUUCUCAUAUUCUUCUACAACAAUACGCAGAGGAACUUUAAGUCUUCAUGUGACUGAUCUCCCCUUAAUAAACCAUAAUGCCAGA